AGUGAGGCUGAUAUAUAUGGGGCUGCCAACCUAUAAGUUGGAAAGUUCUAAUGGCGUUUAGCUAAUCACAAUUGGAGUUAGAAACUUUGUUUUUUCUUGAUCAUAUAUUUCCUAUACAUCAUUUUGACUUAUACAUAUAUGUCUGGAAUAAAAUAUUCAUAAAUCUUUUUAUAUCUUUUCUUUUAUUUUUUUUUUUUUUUGGGGACAAAUAAUCCAAAUUAUUAUCAAAAGCCCUUAAGUUCCACCAUUCCCCCAACAAAAAGUUCAUUUCAGAAAGUGAGACCCCUUUGGUUUCCUCUAAAACUUUCUCACAGACAGGGAGAGAGAGAGAGAGAGAGAGAGAUCAAAGAAAGAGAAAGUGAAAGAAAGAAAGAGAUGGGUAGAGCUCCUUGUUGUGACAAGGCAAACGUGAAGAAAGGGCCAUGGUCACCAGAGGAAGACUCAAAGCUGAAGGAUUACAUUGAGAAAUUUGGAACUGGCGGCAAUUGGAUUGCUCUUCCACAAAAAGCUGGCUUGAAGAGGUGUGGGAAAAGCUGUAGAUUGAGAUGGCUUAACUAUCUGAGGCCAAAUAUUAAGCAUGGAGAAUUUUCAGAUGAGGAAGAUAGGAUAAUAUGCAGCAUGUUUGCUAGCAUUGGUAGCAGAUGGUCAAUUAUAGCCGCUCAGUUGCCAGGAAGGACUGACAAUGAUAUCAAGAACUACUGGAACACUAAGCUGAAGAAGAAGCUCAUGGGUUUGGUUAAUCUUCCUAAUAAUUCUCAAAGAAAACCUCCACCAUUUCCUUCUUCAUCACAUCAGAACCAACCAUAUCCAAUAUCUCAACCACUACUCUCAUCUCUAUACAACACAUCUGUCUCAAGCUUUGACCCGUAUGUUUCAUUCCCAUCCAAUUAUUAUUCAUCAAACCCUUCUCUUUUCCAUACCCAAGAAAACUUCCUUGGUGGUAAUUAUUCAUCAAUGCAGUGUUAUUAUGGGAAAGAUCAGAAUAGUAAUAAUGUUCUAAUGUUUGGGAAUGAAGGAAGUUGCACUUCAUCUGAUAAUGGGAGCUCCAACAACAAUCAUAUCAAACAAGAAGACAUGGGUUGUAGUGCUUUUCAAAGCUAUAAUUUGGGCAAUGGUGGUUUUGAAGAAAAUGAGAACUUCAUGCUUAAUUAUGGAAGUAGCAGUACUAGUACUACUGGAUGUUGUGGGUAUUUUGAAGAAACUAGUCCAUUAGACUAUGUUGUUGAGGAUGUUAAACAGCUGAUAAGUAAUUGUGGUACCAGUAAUAAUUACAACAAUGGGUCCAACAGCUUCUUCUUCUUCAACAACAACAACAACAACAACAACAACAACAGCAAUAUUAAUAUUGAUGAAAACAAGACACAAGAGAAGGUCAUGUACUUCUACUGAUGAAAGACUCUCUGACUGUAGGUAAAAAUCAGAAAAAAAAAAAAAAAAGAUUUGAUGGGGUAAGGGGAAAGGAAAAGGUAUGGUUGUGGAGAAAGAUUUGAUCAGAACAGACUUUUGAGUUCAUGGGGUUCUGUGUAUUUUAUAUUAUCAUAAAAUUAAAUGAAACAUUUUUUUUUUAGUAUAUAUAAAUAGUACAUUUGCUAAAGCAAAGCUUCUUUUCAUUUUGUGCAUUUCUUUUUGGGAGGGAAGUGAUGGCGAUGAUGAUGAUGUUAUAUUUUUUUUGUACGGUCUUCCCCUGCAUACCCCAAUCACAGAUAAAUG